AUGCUGAAGGCGGAAACUUUCAAGUCCUACACUAAGAGGGUAGUGAGAAAAUGGACUACCAAAGAAGGGUUCUUUGGAGACUAUGACUACGCUUACCUUUUCAUUCCUGACAUUCCGUUUAUCACCAAGGAGCCAAAGACCCAGCCCUUCUUCGGACUCAACUCAGACAUGCCUCUUCUCUUGGGGUUCAUUCUUGGGUUCCAACAUGCAUUGGCUAUGUUGGCUGGGGUGGUGACUCCACCAAUAAUCAUUGCCAGUGCUGCGAACCUCGAUGCUUCGUUACAAGAAUACUUGGUGUCAGCCUCGCUUAUUGCGUCGGGAAUUUUGUCUGCUAUUCAAAUCACCCGUUUCCACAUCUUUGGGACUCCAUACUAUCUUGGUACGGGGCUUUUGUCCGUUGUAGGAACUUCUUUCGCUACCAUUUCCAUUGUGGUCAAUGCUUUGCCCAUGAUGUAUUCCAAUGGGGAGUGUCCAGUAGCUGAAGACGGCACGCAGUUGCCAUGUCCAAAUGGCUAUGGCCAUAUAUUGGCUAGUGGUAUUGUCUGUGCCUUGCUUGAAAUGUUGCUAUCUUUCAUGCCAGCUAAGAUCUUACAAAAGAUCUUCCCACCUUUGGUCACCGGACCCGUAGUUCUUUUGAUUGGUGCCCAUUUGGUUGAAUCUGGGUUCCAAGAUUGGCUCGGAGGCUCCGGCUGUGUAGGUGAGGUAUGUGCUGUGGGUUCUAAAAAUAUCACCUGGGGCUCCGGGGAAUUCAUAGGGUUGGGUUUCUUGGUCUUCGUUUCUAUCAUUAUAGCCGAAAAAUUCGGUUCACCCAUCAUGAAGUCCUGUGCUGUUAUUUUUGGUUUGUUGAUUGGAUGUAUUGUAGCUGCUGCCUGCGGAUACUUCAGCCAUGAAUCCAUUGAUGCUGCUCCAGCUGCUACUUUCAUCUGGGUGCAUACUUUCAAGUUAAAGGUUUAUGGACCAAUUAUAUUACCGUUCUUGGCCGUGUAUUUGACACUUAUGAUGGAAGCCAUCGGUGAUAUUACAGCUACUUGUGACGUCUCCCGUUUAGAAGUUGAAGGCGAACAAUACGAGUCGAGAAUUCAGGGUGGUAUCUUGGCCGAUGGAUUCAAUGGUAUGUUAGCUGGCUUAAUGACCAUUACCCCAAUGUCCACUUUCGCUCAAAAUAACGGUGUAAUUUCCAUCACCAAAUGUGCCAAUAGAAGAGUUGGAUACUGGUGUUGUUUCUUCAUGAUUAUCAUGGGUAUCUUCUCCAAAUUUGCGGCCGCCAUUGUCUCUAUUCCAAAAGCUGUUUUAGGAGGUAUGACUUCGUUCCUUUUCUGCUCGGUUGCUGUUUCAGGUAUCAGAAUUAUCUGUAGCACGGAAUUCACAAGAAGAGACCGUUUCGUGUUGACCGCUGCCUUGUUGCCUGGUCUUGGUUCUAUCUUAGUGCCAAACUGGUUUUCUAACGUCUUCACCUACUCUGGUAGCAACAACUCCUUGCAAGGUUUCUACAACGCCAUUAUUCUUGUUAUGGAAACUGGGUUUGCCGUCACUGGUUUCUUGGGUGUUAUCCUUAACUUGUUGCUUCCUCAAGUCUCCGACAACAUUGAAGAAAUCAACGAACUCGUUUUGGAAACUGUUGGCUCUGCUGACCAAAGAGGUAUGGAGAAGUUUGCUGAAAAGGAAGGUAUCCCACUCGAAGCUAUCACUUCCAACCCUGGUGUGCCAUUAGAUGUCAUCAGAUCUCAACUUCGAGCCCCCGGCAAGUCGUCAUCUGACAGCGACACCAAAUGA